AUGGCCAAAACAUUUUCUAAGGAUCCAGUUGAAGAUUUUAAAACCCUAUAUGAAGCAAAAGAAGAUUAUGACACAAUUAUCAUUGCUGGCGAAGAACCAAACGCUGAACAAAUUUAUGCUCAUUCUGUAGUUCUUUGUGCUAGAUCACCUUAUUUUCGUAGUGCAUUAUCUGGUAAAUGGGCUGAAAGAAAAGAUGAUUAUUUCCUUUUAACAAAGCCUAAUAUAAACGCGUCAAUUUUUAAAUUGAUUCUUAAGUUUUUGUAUCGUGGAAUAGUGAAAUUGGAAAACCAAGAUGUCGAAAUAAUCUUUGAGCUUUUAAUUGCUGCCGAUGAACUUUUAAUUCAAAGACUUUUCGACUUUAUUCAAGACUUUUUAAUCAAAAAUAGACAUAAACUCUUACAACAAAGUCCCAUUAAAAUGCUCCAUUUUAUUGUCCAUAAUAACCAAUUCGAUAAAAUUAAAGAAGCUUAUUUGGAGAGAAUUUGCGAAAAUCCCAAGUUACUAUUUGAUUCGGUGGAAUUACCUUCUUUAGAUGAAGAUGCACUAAAAGUAAUUCUUAAAUGUGAUAACCUUGAUAUGAAGGAAAGCAUUAUCUGGAAAAAACUCGUUAAAUGGGGAAUCGCUCAGCAUACAAUGCUUGAAAGUGACAUGAUAUGUGAAGACACUAAUAAUGGAGACAUUAAUACAUUAGAAGAGACAUUACGCGAAUUAAUUAAACACAUUAGAUUUUAUCAGUUCGAUCGUCAGGAAUUUAUUCCUGAAGUAUGGGCAUAUAAGCAUCUCCUUCCCGACAAUUUAACUGAAGAUGUACUACGUUGUUAUUUGGAUUCAAAUGCUAAACCAUUAUACUACACAUCUCCAAUUAGAUGGGGCAAUUUUAAAAUCGACUCGGUAUUAAUCAAUAAACAGGCUGCACUAACGUUGGCGAAAUUGAUAAAUAAAGAAUCUGCAGAUGAUAUUACCUCAAAAGGAUCUCAAUAUUCUUUUAAACUUCUUUAUCGAAGUAGCUUAGAUGGUCUUUCAGCUCACGUAUUUCAUCAAAAAUGCGAUAACAAAGGGGCAACAAUUGUUGUAGCGAAAACUUUACAUUCAAGUGGACUGGUUGGUGGUUAUAAUCCACUUGACUGGAAUGGAAACAAUGUAUGGAAACAAACAACGGACAGUUUCUUAUUUAAAUUAGAUUUUUUAAGAAGCCGCGUAAGAGCAAAGAUCUCACGCAUUAAUGAAGAUACUAGCGACUAUGCAAUUUAUUGCAGUAAGGAUUAUGGUCCAAGUUUCGGAGAAGGCCCCGAUUUACGCUUUAUAGAUGACCACUAUACUUUGAAAUGUAAAACAAAAUCCUACUCUAAAUUAUCAUCAAACAUGAGUAGUUCACUCAUAUUCACAAGUUAUGAAGUUUUUCAAGUAAUUAGAUACUUUACAAAGCCUUCUGUCCAAGAUUGA